AUGAAAAACAGCAUAAGAUGUUGCAUUUCUUGCAUUUUACCAUGCGGAGCUCUGGAUGUGAUUCGCAUAGUUCACUCCAAUGGCUUCGUUCAAGAAAUCACCGGCUCCGUCAGAGCUUCCGACGUCAUCAAAUCCCAUCCCAAACACGUCCUUAAAAAGCCCUCUUCCCCCUUUUCCGCCGCCGCCUCCACCGCCGCCGUCGUCCCGCCGGAAGCUGAGUUCCAACGCGGUAAGAUUUACUUCCUCAUGCCGCUCCCUCCCAACUCAGACAAAGCCCGUUCGCGAUCCUCCGCCGGAAGAAAGAAGAGAGAUAUUGCUAAUAACAACAGUACCACUCAUCACUCCGACCGAUCCGCCGCCGAAACCAAUCUCCUCCUUUCCGAUCAGUACCUCUCGGAAAUACUCUCCGAGAAGGUUUCCACCCACCGCGAACGGCGGCGCGGUCGUAUCGGCGUUUGGAGGCCUCACUUACAGAGUAUUUGCGAGUCGCCCGGUUCUAUCUAA